GUGACAGUGAGGUAAUUUUUUUUUAUGGAUGUUGACCGAGUGAAAUUUUACCAUAUCUAUGAGAUAAAAAGUAAUGGCAAAUAUAGCAGUACAGCGAAUUAAACGUGAAUUCAAGGAAGUUGUUAGAAGUGAAGAGGUAGCAAAAUGUGCCAUCAAGGUCGAGCUCGUCAAUGACAAUUACACGGAACUACGAGGAGAAAUAUCUGGACCUCCAGAUACUCCAUAUGAAGGGGGGAAUUUUGUUUUGGAAAUAAAAAUUCCUGAGACAUAUCCAUUUAAUCCUCCAAAGGUUAAGUUUGUGACAAAGGUCUGGCACCCUAACAUCAGUUCUGUAUUUGUUACAGGUUAAGUUUGUGACAAAGGUCUGGCACCCUAACAUCAGUUCUGUAUUUGUUACAGGUUAAGUUUG